UGACAUCUCAACUGUCAAACCGGAGAAGACCCUCUCCGGCUGUCACUCCAUCGUUUUGCAAUAGUUCUGCUUUCCGCGAAGUAAUCGUUGUACAAUGUAUUUUUCUAACUCGUUUUUUCGUUAGACGUUCCGCGCGGAAAGCUCUCCAAUUGUCCCAAUUCCGUUUCUAGCAACUGUCACCCUCGCGGCAUCGCAAUUCAGUUAUUUUCGUACAACUUCCAAGUGUGAGGACCCCAUUCAGCUUAUGGCCGGCAUUGAACAAUAUUCCAACUUAAUGUAUGCGAAUGAGGACGAUGAUCAACUAGAUGAGAUUUCGGCGCGGUACGCGUACGAAUCUAUCAAUCCACACGGGACCGAACCGAACUAUCGUUAUGUGAACUCGGAGCGUGACCUCACACUUCCACUGCAGAAGCACCGAAACAUACAAUCCUUUUAUGAAAGCCCAGAAGAUGACAUUUCCAUACGGAAAUAUCUCGGAGUGAGUGUCGGCAUCGUCAGUCUUAUAACCGAGAAUCUUUUGAGCCACCCGUUCGUAGUACUGCGAAGACAAUGUCAAGUGCAUCAUUCUUCGAGAAAGUAUCAUCUGCAGCCGUUCACCUUGAUCCCGACCUUAAUUCACCUGCAUCAACGGCAAGGCGUGACCACGUUAUGGAAAGGACUCGGGAGUUGCUUGUUGGUGCGCGGAAUGUCUCUGGCGGUGGAGGAUGUGAUUAGCAAAGUUACCCCAUGGCCCAAGGAGGUCCACAAUAAAACUUCAAUGAAACAAUUUGGUCAACAUAUCCUGCUUAAGUGUAUUAGCAUCGCCGUUGUAAUGCCAUUCUACUCCGCAUCGCUGGUGGAAACAGUGCAGAGUGACAUUGCGAGUGAAAAGCCGGGAGUCUUUGAUGUAUUUCGUGAAGGAGCGGGACGUUUGCUAUCAUGGAGUGCACCACAGAAAGGAAGAAUGUUACCAGUGUGGGCCUUGCUCGGUCCAAGUGUUUCAUUAGGAAUUUCCAAAUAUAUGUUUAGUCUCAUCAUGAAAGGCAUCACAUCGCGGGUGAUGCGCUACAAAUGGUCCGACACACAAGAGCAAAAAGGAGCAAAACCACGUGACCUCACCUCCGUUAAUCAGGACAUCGAAAUCUAUUCGACCCUCGUAUCAGUAGUUACCAGCGAAAUUCUUUUCUAUCCCUUUGAAACAAUCUUGCAUCGCAUCCAAUUGCAAGGAACACGCACAAUUAUCGAUAAUCUCGAUAACGGCUAUGCCGUCGUGCCAAUUAUGACCAGCUAUGAGGGUGCCAUCGAUUGCUACCGUUCAACAAUUGCUUCCGAGGGAGUUGGCGGUCUAUACAAAGGCUUCGGUGCUAUUCUGUUGCAAUUUGCCGCCCACAUUGCCGUUAUUAAAAUAGCAAAAUGGGUAGUGACUCAGGUUACAGAAAUUCUCUCCAAUAAACCGCCUUCGAAAAUAGUUGAGUAUUAUAACCUGGAUCGAUCUACAGGCUUGGACACCAUGGGUGGUGGAGCGAACCUUUCAAAUUCAACAACAGUUUCGAGAAGUUUAAGUUCGCUGAGCGGAAUUGAAUGAACACGAUUCAAACACGUGAAGGGAAGGUGCAUCAUCCUGUCCAGUGACGGUACAAGUGAUCGAAAUGUUCGAAUCAUUUUUUUAUAUAAAGUUCACAACAAAGAUUGUAAAUUCUCUCCCGAUUACCUUAACUAAAAUAUUUGUUGUAAUUUAUAGUUAUUGAACACAAUUCAAAAUUUAAAAUAAGUAGCAAAAUGAGAUUUUAAGGUAGCAAGGGGUUUUCUUAAUCAAACUAAAUUAGGUCCUUAGCUGUGAUUAGCGUGCGCCGGCUGUAAACUGAUCGGAAUGGGAAACAUUUGGAAGGAGUUUUAAGGGAUUUAAGGAAAAGCUAGUCAGAAAGUUAUUUACCACUGUUUGCUAAGAAAUUGAAUUGUAGUAAAAGCAGUUGACGAAUGAA